CCCGCCUGCCUCCGAUUUCCAAUUGACACUGGCCGCGGAAACUCAGGUGGGAGCGAAGGCCCAGAGGUCCCGCGCAGGUUGGUGAGCGUCUGCGCAGCGCUAGCUUUCGCGAGCUGGCCUGGGGAGAGUACAGCUGCCAGAUGGUUUUGCCAUAUGAAGCUGAAAAUGGCAGAAGAGGAGGACUAUAUGUCUGAUUCCUUCAUUAAUGUCCAAGAAGAUAUCAGACCAGGCUUGCCAAUGCUGAGGCAAAUCCGAGAAGCCCAUCGAAAAGAAGAAAAGCAACAGGAAGCUAAUUUGAAAAAUAAGCGGAAGAGUUUAAAAGAAGAAGAACAAGAGAGACGUGACAUUGGACUGAAGAAUGCACUAGGCUGUGAAAACAAAGGGUUUGCUUUGCUCCAGAAGAUGGGAUAUAAAAGUGGUCAGGCCCUCGGCAAAAGUGGAGACGGUAUUGUUGAACCAAUUCCUCUUAAUGUCAAAACAGGAAAAAGUGGCAUUGGUCAUGAGGCAUUACUAAAACGGAAAGCAGAGGAAAAAUUGGAAAGCUACAGAAGAAAGAUUCACAUGAAAAAAGAAGUUGAAGAAAGAGCUGCAGAACAGUUUCGAAUGCGACUUAAAAAUAAGCAAGAUGAAAUGAAGCUAGAAGGAGAUCUUAGAAGAAGCCAGAGAGCCUGUCAACAGUUGGAUACUCAGAAGAAUAUUCAGGUUCCCAGGGAGGCAUGGUACUGGUUGAGGCUUGAAGAGGAAACUGAAGAAGAGGAAGAGGAAGAAAAAGAACAAGAUGAAGAUGAAUAUAAGAGUGAAGACUUAAGUGUACUGGAAAAAUUACAAAUAUUGACUAGUUAUUUAAGAGAAGAACAUCUGUAUUGUAUUUGGUGUGGAACAGCCUAUGAAGAUAAAGAAGACCUGUCUUCAAAUUGCCCAGGACCAACUUCUGCAGAUCAUGACUAAGAUUAUUCUCAAUAAAGUAGAAGCUUGGCAAAUGUUAUUGUUUCCUAGACAGUUGAGCAGUUAGAAUUUCCAAAUUUUUGAUACCAGUAAAGAAAGAGGGCCUUUAUAUGUUUCAUUGUUUUUAUACAUUAGAAGUACUUUGUACUUUAGAAUAUAAUUGUUCACUGGCUUCAAAAACAUAAUGGAAAGCCAUUUCAGAACACAAGUAUUAUAGACAUGGGCAAUUACAAUUUAUGACUCUUUUGUGACGUUUAUGGGAUUUAAGGACACCAACUCUCUUAUUCACUUUGGAACAAAUUGAGAAAUAAGACAUAGGAGUUAGAGAUCAAAAUAUCAGCUUUAUUAUCAAUGAAAUAAAGAGCUAGUUGACUUGUUCUCCAGUCAUGCUCCCUGCGAGAUCUCCCUGGUUAGAGAGAACUGCCGACCUUUUCUCGGAGGGACAGAGCCCAUCUUUGCAUUAGGAGACCAUUAGCUUUCAAGGUGAGAGAACCAACCCCUCAGGGGUGGGGCCAUACAUGCUCAGUUCCUUUUCCCAAAAUCACUCAUCAGAUGAGACACCUCUCUGUUGAGACGGAAUGAAUACAGGUUCACAGAGCUUGUUCCCACACUUCUCUCUUCCAAGGAGCAAGAAGUUCCCUUCAUGCAAGCAUGAGAAGGAGGGGAAAAGUAUUCCCCUCAAUAAGAGUAAUGUCAGAGGCAAGGAUCCAUUAAUAGUACUUAAUUCUAAUCAGUUUUAGAAAUAAAGUAGUUAUGAUAUUCCGUAAAAUCGUUGAGUUUUCAUAGCAAUGUGUAUAUCCAUUAUAAGUGAACAAUUGCCCAUUUUGGCUAAAGAAACAAUAAUUAGGAGUAACCUUAAAUAUCAGGUGAUCCAACUUCUUAAUCCCUUUGACAACAUUCCUAGCAGGUGGUAAUCCAACCUCUGCCUUUAUUCCUCCAGCCACAGAGAGCUCACUGCCUUAAAAUGGACCGUUGCAUUGCUGGGUAGCUCUAAGUCAUUUUAAAAGUUAUUUUUCUGUCUUAAGCUGAAUUCUGCUUCCCUAUAUUUUAACCAGAUAUAGCUAAAGACAUACCAUGUGGCACACCUCUAGAGAACUCCAUCUAAGUUUGGGCAUCAAAAUCAUGAACUUUUUUAAAGUUCACAAGCUCAGGUGCCACCCUUAGUGACUUGAUUCAGCUAGUCUAGGAUAGUUUCUGGAUAUCUAUUUAUUUUAAAGUUCUAAGAAUGUGUCUGAUUAUCACCUGUGGAUGAGAACUAGUGCUCUAGGUUAAACUAGAGCAUGACUGUUCUUCGGAUCAAGUUGUGACCUCAUCUGUACAAUUUUACAGCUCACCUUUCAGUAGCAUUGAGCAAGAGAUCAGCCUCUUUUUAUUAUAAACAGCAUACCUGACAACAUAGCAGAAGCUAACCUACACUUGCCCAAAUUAAGAUAAUCAAUGGUAUGAGUUGUAUUAGCCUCUGACCUAAUUUGACCUAGUUCACUUGUUCUAAAGUCUAACUUGGGGAGCUUUAAAAAACAUGAUAUUACAAAGGUCCCACCUCCAGAGAUUCUGAUGUAAUUGGUCACUGUGGCCUGUGUAUCACUACCCUUGAUUCUAAAAUGCAGCAGAGGGACUUCCUGGUGGCACAGUGGAUAAGACUCCACGCUCCCAAUACAGGGGCCCGGGGUUAGAGCCCUGGACAGGGAACUAGAUAACACACACAUGCCGCAACUGAGAGUUCACAUGCCACAACUAAGGAAGCUGCCUGCCUCAACUAAGACCCCAUGCAAUCAAAUAAAUAAAUAAAUAAAUAAAAUGCAGCAGAGCUUGAAAACGUAGUUAACUUCUGGGCCUCAGUUCUUCAUCUAGAAACUGAAUUAUGAGUUUUAUGACUAUAAAUACAUAUAUAAAAUAUUGGAGCUUAUAUAGUUGGAUAAAACGGAUAGUUACUUUUUCCAUUUAAAAAAAUCGUAACAUUGUAUUAACAGCUAAAACAAAGUAUAUCUUCUUCUUGGAAUUAUAGUCACAUCCUUUCCUGUCAUUUCAGCCAACAAACCAACAUUCAUUUGGACAGACCCAACGCCAUGUGGAUAAUUUCAGACAGAAUGGAGUUAGGAACUGGCUUCCUUUUCUCCUCUUACUGACUGUAGGGCAACCUGCCCAGUGGCCUAGAGUAUUUUGAAUAUGUCUGUGAACAAAUAUGCUGUGAAUGUAGGAAUAACCUUGAUGGAACCCAUAAGUCCACCAGAGUUGUGGUCUGCAUUUCCAGGCCAGAGGCCAGAAAUUUACUUGUUGUCAUUUACUUUUGUUUAUAUUGUACUAUGUUUAUUUUCAGAGUCCUAUCUAGAAUUUCUAAAAUGUUUCAUUUUCCUACUUAUAAACCCAAAAUACUGGAGCUUUUAAAAUUCAAAAUAAAUAGACUUUAAUAUACUAAAUUGGUUUACCAUACCCACCUUUACUUUGUUAUUUAUCAACAUUUAAUUGUUGAAAUUUUACAGUGAACAUUAUUAUUAUUUAGUAUUAGACACAUUUUGCAGGAUCAAGUAUAUGAAAUUCUUAACACUUUUAUUCCCUACUAAUUCAAAAGCACUUAUAGAGUUCCUGCUUAAAUGCAGGGUAAUACACUUGCUGCCUUGGGGCAAAUCAAAAUGAGAGAGCCUGUCCCUGCUUUCCAGAAAUUUACAAGGAGGGAAACACCCAUGCAGGAAUAACUGAGCUCCAAAGCAAACUGGUAGGUACAAUGCUGAAGAACUAAAUAACUGAAGUAUUAGGGAGAAGUUUCAUUCCGAGUGGGAGAUGGUAGAACACUAUGGUAGCAGCACUGAAUUUGGGCUUUCAGCAUAACUUUGAUAUGCAGUUAUGAGGAAGGCGUUACAAUAUGACCCAGCAUUUCCACUCUUAAGUUAUACCCAAGAGAAAUGGAACCAUGUCCAGAUAAAACUCAUACACCAAUAGUCAUUGCAACAUUAUUCAUACUAGCCAGAAAGUAGAAACCUAAAUGUCCAUCAGCUGAUGAAUAGGUGAAUUAAAUGUGAUAUAUCCAUAUAACUGAAUAUCAUUUGGCAAUAAAAGGGAAAGGAAUUUCCAUCCAUGCUAUACCACAGAUGAAAACAUACUAAGUGAAAAAGACCACAUACUGUAUGAUUCCAUUUACACAAAAUGUCCAGAAUAGGCAAGUCUAUGGAGAUAGAAAGUAGAUUGGUGGUUGCCUAGAGUUGGAGGAAGAUGAGGAAUGGCUGCUAAUGGGUACAGGGUUUCUUUUUGGAGUGACAAAAAUGUUUAAAAAUUGAUUGUGGUGAUGGUUGCACAACUCUGAAUAUACUAAACACCAUUGAACUGUAUACUUUAAAUGGGGUGAAUUUUAUGGUAUGUGAAUUAUGUCUCAAUAAAGCUGUUACUUAAAAAAAAGAUUGAAGGGAAUUUCAGGUAGAAACCAUAGCCGAGCGCCACUGAGCACAAAAGCCUAUUGAGGUAACCCUGAACAGACCUGUGUGGCUGGGGCCUAUUCAGGUAAUGCUGAAUGUGAGAUGCAGAACGGGAGCCCCCAGAGGAGCACAGCCCUGCCAACACUUUGACUUGAGCCCAGUGAAACCCAUUUCAGACUUCAGGCCUCCUGAACUGUAAGAGAAUAAAUGUGUGUCACUUUCAGUCAUCAGUUUUGUGGUCACUGGUUACAGCAGCCCUAGAAAACCAAUACAGGUCUCAAUCAAACUGACCCCUCAAGAGCCACACAUAUUUGAGAGAUAUCUGAUUUGCCUCAGAGUUUCACCCAUUACACGGUUUUUAGUCAGAGUGUAAGCCAACAGUGGGGCCUCUGUACAUCUAUCAACUGUAGUCCCUGCAUCUGUGACCAUCCUGAAGACAUGUCGUGACUGGGCCAGCUCACGGUCACAGACGUAGGGAGUGGACUGACAUGAUAUAAAGAGUAAAUAUCUAAAUGGAGGUGUCUGCUGUGCUUUUGUUUCUGAGCCCUCUCCUCUAUGUAAUCUCUCCCUGGGCAAUCCCUUGGAUUCAAAGUUAAGCAUCAGGGCUUACCUCCAGAUAACAUACACAUCUCUUCUGUGUAUGAUUCCAGUUCAUCCCUUCUCUCAAGUUCCUCUCCUGCAUUUCCUAGAGUCUGCUCUUCACCCUCCCCUGAAUUUAUGGCAGUACCUCCAACUUGGCAUCUCCAAAUGAGAUCUAGUGUUUUACCUCCCAAAUCUGCUCCCCCUCACCUUGUUGACAUGUGAAAAGCAGCCCCACUAUUGGCUUAAAUUCUAGCUAAAAACUGUGUGAGACAAAAUAUCUCUGAAAUAUGCAUGGCUCUUUGACGGGGUUAAUUUGAUUGAGAUUUGUACCUUCUUUAAUGGCAUCAUACUCCUGGCACUCACCAUCCAACCAACCUAGAGGUAAUCUCUGAUGCUUACAUUUCCCUAAAUCCUCACAUCCAGUCAGUUGCCAGCUCCUCUUGGUUCUGUCCCCU